AUGACUUCUACAAGUGACAUGAUAUAUGCUUCCAUGGCUUCACUUAAUUCAUAUCAAAUCUCAACCACAAUUAUUUUUUUACUUCACCUUCUGCUUCUUCCAGUUUCUUGCUUCUACCAAUCACAAUCUGCAAUUCCUCCAAGGGGAUUAUUAUUUGAGGAGAAAAACAGGUUAGGUUCGGCUCCACCUACAUGUCACAACAAGUGUAACCAAUGUCAUCCAUGCAUGGCGGUGCAAGUUCCAAGCCAUGAACAUCUUCAGCCUGGUCAUACUCAUAGUGCUGCUUCGAGUUCCGCCGCGGAAGGUGGAUUCUUUCUCCAAGAUAAUGGUAAUACUAAUAACAGGUAUUCAAAUUACAAGCCAUUGAGUUGGAAAUGCCAUUGUGGUGGACAUUUUUACAAUCCUUAG